AUGAACCGCAGUGACUCUUCCCUCCUGGCCACCAUUGUGUACUAUAGCCAGGAAAAGUACUUCCGCCACGUGCAGCAGGCCGCAGCGGCGGGCCUGGAGAGAUUCAGCAAUGACCCCGUGUUGCACUUCUUCAAAGCCUACGGCCUCCUCGGGGAAGAGCGCAUCCAGGAGGCCAUCAGCGAGCUGCAGAGCAUGCGGAGUUACCCGGACGUGACCCUGUGCUCCGUCAUGGCCCUCCUCUACGCCCACAAGUGCUGCGAGACCAUCGACCGAGAAGCCGUUGAGGAGCUGGAGCACAGCCUGAAGGAAACCCGCAAGUCAGCCAGUGCGUCUGCGCGGUACUACGCCAGCCUCUUCCUGUGGCUCGCUGGCCACCCCGACAAGGCUAAGGAGUACCUCAACCACAGCCUGAAGGCCUCCAACGGCUCUGGAGAGGACUCUGUGCUUAGAGGUUGGGUGGACCUCACCUCAGACAACCCUCAGGUUGUGAAGAAAUCCAUCAAGUACCUGGAGCAAGGACUGCAGGACAGCAAAGAUGUGCUGGGGCUGAUGGGAAAGGCCAGGUACCUUAUGAUGCAGUACAACUACUCAGGGGCCUUGGAGGUGGUGAACCAGCUCGCCGUAGCCUCUGCCAACUUCCUGCCCGCCCUCGUCCUCAAGAUGCGACUCUUCCUGGCCCAGCAGAACUGGGAGCAGGUGGUAGAGACAGCAUACAGAAUCCUCGAAAGAGACCAGAACAACAUUGAUGCCUACCAAACUCUAGCUGUGCAUGAGCUUGCAAGAGAAGGAAACAUGACCACAGCUGUCGAGCAUGUUAGUAACCUGAUCAUAGCACUGGAGAUGAGAGAGCCCCAGAAUCCAACCCUGCAUCUUAAAAAAAUCCUUGUGGUCAGCCGACUGUGUGGGAGGCACCAGGCUGUCCUCCACCAGGUGGGGAGCUUCCUGGAGCGCAUCUUCCUGGCCAAGCCCUCCUAUGCCCAGGUGGCCACUGAGCUGGGCUACCUCCUCAUCCUGCGGAAUCAAGUGAAGGAGGCAUUCCUGUGGUACUCCGAGGCCAUGAACCUGGACGGGAACAGCAAGGCUGCCCUGACAGGGAUCAUCUGGUGCCAGAUCUUGGAAGGCCACCUGGAGGAGGCUGAACACCAGCUGGAAUUCCUGAAGGAGGUGCAGCAGUCCCUGAGGAAGUCUGAGGUACUGGUUUUCCUGCAAGCUCUUCUGGCAUCCAAGAAGAACAAGGGGGAUCUGGAAGUCACAGCGCUGCUCCAGGAGGCUGUGGAGCUCCACUUCAGUGGCAUUCAAGGCCUCCCUAUGAGCUGCGAGUACUUCGAAAAGCUGGACCCCCUCUUUUUGGUCUGUGUGGCCAAGGAGUACCUGCUCUUCUGCUCCAAGCAGCCCCGGGCGCCCGGCCAGAUGGUGUCCCCGCUUCUUAAACAAGUCGCCCUCAUCUUGACUCCUGUGGUCAAAGCAGCGCCCGCUCUGAUGGAGUCCAUGUAUGUGAUGGCGCAGGUCAAGUAUCUUUCGGGAGAGCUGGAGAAUGCGCAGAGCACCCUGAAGUGCUGCCUGGAACUGGACCCCACCUUUGUGGACUCCCAUCUCCUCAUGGCCCAAAUCUACCUGGCUCAAGGCAACUUGGCCAUGUGCUCCCACUGCUUGGAGCUGGGCGUCAGCCACAACUUCCAGGUCCGAGACCACCCCCUGUACCACUUCAUCAAGGCCAGGGCACUCAACAAGUCUGGAGACUAUGCAGAGGCCAUCAAGACCCUGAAAAUGAUUGUGAAGUUGCCCUCUGUGAAGGUGGAAGAAGGCAAGAAGUGCCGAGGGCCCUCCCUGCAGCCCAGCGAGCGAGUGUCCAUCCUCUUGGAGCUGGCGGAUGCCCUCCGGCUGAACGGGGAGCUGCACGAGGCCACCAAGGUCAUACAGGAUGCCAUCAACGAGUUCAGCGGUACGCCAGAGGAGAUGCGCAUCACCAUCGCCAACGCGGACCUGUCCCUGAGCAAGGGCCAUGUGGAUGCAGCGCUGAGCAUGCUGAGAAACGUCACGCCCAAGCAGCCCUGCUACCUGGAAGCCAAGGAGAAGAUGGCCGACAUCUACCUGCACACCCACAAGGACGUGAGCCUCUACGUGGGCUGCUACCGCGAGCUCUGCGAAUACCUGCCUGGUCCCCACUCCAGCUUGCUCCUGGGCGAUGCAUACAUGAGCAUCCAGCAGCCCGAGAAAGCCCUGGAAGUCUAUGAGGAGGCGUGUAGGAAGAACCCGCAGGACGCUUCCCUCAUCAGCAGGACCGGGCAAGCUUACGUGAAAACACACCAGUACACCAGGGCAAUUAACUAUUACGAGGCUGCACAGAAGAUGAGUGGGCAGGACUCAGUGUGCUGUGAUCUCGCCAAGCUGCUCCUGAAGCUGAAGAAGUUCAGCCGAGCAGAAAGAGUUCUGAAGCAGGCCCUGGCAUGUGAUGGGGCAGCCAAAGACAUCCCGUCCAUGGUCAAGGAUGUUGAGUACUUGCUUUUGCUUGCGAAAGUUUACAAGAGCCAUAGGAGAGAAGAUGUGCUGGAGACUUUGAACAAGGCAAUGGACGUCCAGGCUCGGAUACUGAAGCGGGUUCCCCUGGAGCAGCCGGAAAUGCUGCCCUCGCAGAAGCAACUGGCCACCUCCAUCUGCAUCCAGUUUGGCGAGCACUACUUGGCCGAGAAGGAGUACGUCAAGGCGGUGCGGUCCUACAAGGAGGCCCUGUCUUUCUCACCCAUGGAUAACCAGGUGAUGCUGGAGCUGGCGCGGAUCCACCUGCUGCAGGGGCACCUGGAUUUGUGUGAGCAACAGUGUGCCGCCCUGCUGCACACAGAGCAGACACACGAGGCCGCGGCUGUGAUGAUGGCCGACCUGAUGUUUCGAAAGCAGAAGUAUGAAGCUGCCAUCCACCUGUACCGCCAAAUCCUGGAAAAAGUGCCAGACAAUUUCUCUAUAUUGGAUAAACUGAUCGAUCUGCUGCAGAGGAGUGGCCGACUUGAAGAUGCUCCUGCCUUCUUUGAGCUGGCCCUCAGAGUGUCCAGUCGAAUACCUUUGGAGCCAGGGUUCAAUUACUGCAGAGGCAUCUACUGCUGGCACAUAGGACAGCCCAAUGAAGCCUUGAAGUUCCUAAACAAAGCACGCAAGGACAGCACUUGGGGCCAGCGUGCCACCUACUACAUGGUGCAGAUCUGUCUGAACCCAGACAAGGAGAUUAUGGGUGGAGAGGCUUUUGAGAAUCUGUCUGAGAGCAACUCUGCCUUGAGGAAGGAGUUGGAGCAGCAAGGCCUGCGCACAGCUGUGAAGCUGCUGCUGGAGUUUGGCCCACACACGGCCACAGCCCACACCCAGCUGCGGCUACUGCAGAACCUCUGCCUGCUGGCCACUAGGGAGAAGGCAAACAUGGAGUCAGCACUGAGCACAUUCAUCGAGAUGGCCCAGGCUGAGAGGGACAGCGUUCCUGCCCUACUGGCCAUGGCGCAGGCCUACAUGCUGCUGAAGCAGAUCCCCAAGGCACGCACACAGCUGAAGCGCCUGGCCAAGGCUCCCUGGGCGCUGCCCGAGGCCGAGGACCUGGAGAAGAGCUGGCUCCUUCUGGCCGACAUCUACUGCCAGGGUGGCAAGUUCGACCUGGCCUCGGAGCUGCUGCGGCGCUGCUUGCAGUACAACAAGUCCUGCUGCAAGGCCUAUGAGUACAUGGGCUUCAUCAUGGAGAAGGAACAGUCCUACACGGACGCGGCCACCAACUACGAGCUGGCCUGGAAGUACAGUCACCACGCAAGCCCCGCUGUGGGAUUCAAACUCGCUUUCAACUACCUGAAGGGCAAGAGAUUUGUGGAAGCCAUUGAAGUCUGCCACAGCGUCCUGGCAGAGUACCCCAACUACCCCAAGAUCAGAGAAGAGAUUCUGGCAAAGGCCCAAGGGUCCCUAAAACCCUAG